AUUUUAGACUAUUUUGGAAUUUAGCUAGUAUUUAAGAAACAAGCUAACUUUUUUGGGCUAAUUUGGAGUUUAGCUCAUAUUUAAGCCACGUACAUUUUUUUUUUGUUUUUCUUUCUUGAAAAUUGGCAUGCAUUGGGGAUCUUUAACCAAUUUUACUACAACUUUUUCAGAAAUAAAGCUUCAGCAUCUUCAGAGACUACAGUACUCACUCUGGCAUUAUCGCAGACCUUCUGACGGGAUGAUCCAUCCGAGGGUUCAGACCUAAAUCUCUUAAAGCUGCCUCAGCGGGAGGUGGGACAGUUGAUACCAUGUGAAGGUAUUUGUAAGAACAAAACAAAGCCUGGUGAGUCAUGGUUUUAAAGGUUGAGGAUCUCCAGCUGAAUCAGUCUGAGUCUGUAGGACGUUCAGAGAUUUUCCUCAAAGAAAAAUGACAGAAAACACUUAAAUUGUUGUUUUUGUUUGACUUCUUAGAACUUCCUGAUGUGUGUCUAAAAUGUUUUUCUUUUUGCAUAGAAACCCAACAUCUGCUCUCUCUCUCUCUUUCCCUCAGCAGCAGAAUCUCUUUUUUAAAAAGUGACGACAUCUCACUCUGGUUGCAAAAUCAGCUGCUUUUGUUGUUCUCAGAGUUUUUCUUCAUCUCCUCCUCCUCAUCAUCAAGCUGCGUCACUCUCCUCCUCCUGAGCAGUAAUCCUGCCUGUGUGGUGGAGCCGGACAACAACCGCACACCCAGGAGUUAAUCUGGAUCAUGGUGGUAAUUACCGGCGGGGUGUCGGGCCUGCAGGACGGCGGCGUCCGCUGGAGGAGGAGGAGGAGUCAGCCGAGCCGCUCUUCCCACUGACCUUGGAGAGGAACUGUGAGGGAGGGGAGGAGAAGGGAGGCAGGCAUUAGCACACUGACAGAGUUCCAGCACCUCCUUCAGUCUUCUGGUGACGAGCGGCGAGGAGGAUGACAGAAACCCCCUGAUGGAUGAGAGACUGGAGAAGCCGUCCUGACCUUCCUGACCUUCUCUAAUGAAGAUGCUUGAAGGUGGGAGUUAAAGCCCUUCAUCGGGGGAGGGGGAGGUUGUUUCAGGGCGGGGGCUGGACCCAGAGGCCCCUGCCUCCAGGGGGUCCUCACAGACCCGAGUCUGGACCAUGGGGGAUGGAGGCGCCUGUUCGAGCGGAGGCGAUGGCGCGAACAAAUCCCACGCCCUGUUCGACAGCUUCGUCCAGGCGUCCACCUGCAAAGGCACGCUGAAGGCCUUCCAGGAGCUGUGCGACCAUCUGGAGGUGAAGCCCACCGAGCACAGGGUCUUCUACCACAAGCUCAAGUCCAAGCUCAACUACUGGAAGGCGAAGGCGCUCUGGACGAAACUGGACAAGCGGGCCAGCCAAAAGGAGUACAAGAAGGGACGUGCAUGUGCCAACACCAAGUGUCUGAUCAUCGGGGCGGGGCCAUGCGGCUUACGCACCGCCAUCGACCUGGCUUUCUUGGGAGCCAAAGUGGUGCUUCUGGAGAAGAGGGACGCCUUCUCCAGGAACAACGUGCUGCACCUUUGGCCCUUCACCAUCCAAGACCUCAGGGGCCUCGGGGCCAAAAAGUUCUAUGGGAAAUUCUGCGCUGGUGCUAUCGAUCAUAUCAGUAUUCGGCAGCUUCAGUUGAUGCUGCUCAAAAUGGCUCUCCUGCUGGGCAUCGAGAUCCACGUCAACGUAGAGUUCAAGUGUCUCAUCGAGCCUCCUGAAGACCAGGAGAGUGAGAAAAUCGGCUGGAGGGCCGAGGUCCACCCCAGGACACACCCCGUCAACGAGCUGGAGUUCGACGUCAUCAUUGGAGCGGAUGGAAGGAGAAACACGCUACCAGGGUUUCGGCGUAAGGAGUUCAGGGGCAAACUCGCCAUCGCCAUCACGGCUAACUUCAUCAACAGGAACACGACAGCGGAGGCCAAGGUGGAGGAGAUCAGCGGCGUGGCCUUCAUCUUCAAUCAGAAGUUCUUUCAAGACCUCAGAGAAGCCACAGGUAUUGACCUGGAAAACAUCGUCUACUACAAGGAUGACACACAUUACUUUGUGAUGACUGCCAAAAAACAAAGCCUGUUGGAGAAGGGAGUCAUUUUGCAUGAUUACGCCGACACGGAGCUGCUGCUGUCCAGAGCCAACGUCGACCAGGCUGCCUUGCUAUCUUACGCUCGUGAGGCGGCAGACUUCUCCACCAACCAUCAGCUGCCUACGCUGGACUUCGCCAUCAACCACUACGGCCAGCCCGACGUCGCCAUGUUCGACUUCACCUGCAUGUACGCGUCGGAGAAUGCCGCCAUGGUGCGAGAGCGCAGCGGCCACAAGCUGCUGGUGGCGCUGGUGGGCGACAGCCUCCUAGAGCCGUUCUGGCCCAUGGGCACCGGCAUCGCCCGCGGCUUCCUGGCAGCCAUGGACUCCGCCUGGAUGGUGCGGAGCUGGGCGCAGGGGAAAAGUCCUCUGGAGGUUCUGGCAGAGAGGGAGAGCAUUUACCGACUCCUGCCGCAGACCACGCCGGAAAACGUCAGCAAAAACUUCAGCCAUUACAGUCUGGAUCCCACCACGCGCUACCCCAACAUCAGCCUUAACUUCCUCAAGCCCAGCCAGGUGCGGCACCUCGUCAACACCGGCGAGGAAAUCCCGCGGGAAAUCCACAUCGAAAUCGAGAACGUCAUCAACUCCUCAACGCCCAAGCUGGCCCGGAACGACUAUUACCUGCUUGAUGAGGAGUCCCAAGAAUCCAUCGCUCGGUCCAGUAAGCUGCUCAACUGGUGCCAGCGGCAAACGGAGGGCUACAGGAACGUCGGCGUGAAAGACCUCACCAUGUCCUGGAAGAGCGGGCUGGCGCUGUGCGCGCUCAUUCACAGAUACCGGCCCGAUCUCAUCGACUUCGACUCCCUGGAUGAGCGAGACCAGGAGAGGAACAACCAGUUGGCUUUUGACGUGGCCGAGAAGGAAUUUGGCAUCUGUCCAUGCAUGACCGGCAAGGAGAUGUCUUCUGUGGUGGAGCCAGACAAGCUGUCCAUGGUCAUGUACCUCAGCCAGUUUUAUGAGAUGUUUAAGGACACAGUGCCACCUGGAGAUAACCAGAACCUGAGUCCGGAGGAGCGAGCUGCUCUGAUAGCAACAACCAAGUCCCCCAUUUCCUUCUUCAGCAAACUGGGUCAGAGCAUCGCCAUCUCCCGGAAGCGAAACCCCAAAGACAAAAAGGAGAAGGAGACCGACGGCUCCGGGAAAAGACGGAAGACGAGUCAGUCGGAAGACGAAGACGUCUGCAGGUCCGCUCACGACGAACGGCCGGCCGUCCACGCUGUCCUGUCCGAGAGGAAAAUCGACUCGUCUGCCGGAGGGAACAACAACAAAGUGAAGGUCAUGGCCACCCAGCUGCUGGCCAAGUUUGAGGAGAACGCCCCCGCCCAGCCGGCAGGACUGAAGAGAAAGGGGGACUCCCUUCCCAAUCUGGACCGCCUUUUGCCCCUCUCCCCACCACAAAUCCCCGUGAGCGAGCCGGUGCGCCUGGCGCCCGUCCCGGCGUGGAGGAAGGCCAGAACUGGCGCCGACCACGAGUCCGGCUUGAGCUCUCGGAGCUGUCCAAAGAAAACCAUUCUGCUCCCCUCUUCCUCCUCCACCUCCUCGCUCUCUCUGCACUCAGAGGAGGACAGACUUCAUCCCCUCGCUCCUGCGGUAAAGCAGAGGCCCGAGCGCCUGACCUCCAGGCUUAAGGGCAGAUCUGAGCGACCACAGACCAUGAGAAAGCCGUCGCGGUUCUUUGUAGAGCAGUGGUUCUUGUCCCGCGGCGUGAAUCCGGGUUCCCCGCUGUCCUCUCCUGAUGCUUCCAGAAAGGAACCAGCAAAGCUCCUGGACUCUGACCAGAUGCCCAUUUAUGUGCUCAGUAUUCAGGAGAGGGCCCAACAGUUGGCCUCUCAGUUGGAGGGUAAACCAGCCAGACCCGAGCCUAAGAAAAAGCCGUCGCGGUUUUUUAUGGAGCAGUGGCAUCUGGGCCGAGCCCAGAGCCCCCCCACUUCCCCCCGCUGCACCUCCGACGCCCUCAGACAGCAGUAUGUGAGGAUGUACACGGGGGGCGUCAGCUCUGUGGCUGAGCAGUUAGCCUGUCAGCUUCAGUCUCAGGACGAUUUCAAGCCCACACAUGAACCUGAGAGGAGGGAUUUGGGUUCGCUCAGGAAAGAGUUCCCGGUCAACAUCGGCGGCAGCGACGUCUGUUUCUUCUGCCGGAAGCGAGUGUACGUGAUGGAGAGGCUGAGCGCCGAGGGGAAGUUCUUCCAUCGCAGCUGCUUCAAGUGCGACUACUGCGGCACAACGCUGCGCCUGUCGUCCUACGCCUUCGACGUGGAAGACGGGAAGUUCUACUGCAAGCCUCACUACUGCUACCGCCUGUCCGGGUAUGCUCAGAGGAAGAGGCCCGCCCCCUCCCCAGCUCCAGCCCCAGCUAAGGACCACCAGACCCCACAAGCCGCCACGAUGGCCACGGACGCCCCCGGACGGGCGACCACAGCAACGGCGCCCUCCGCCGAGCUCCAAGCCUCAGCGCCGGAGGUCAACGGCCUCCAGGAGCCCAUCUUAGCCAAAAAGCUGCGAGGGACGCCGGAGCGCAUCGAGCUGGAGAAUUACCGCCUCUCCCUGCAGCGCGAGGAGGAGCUGGAGGAGGUGCCGGAGGAGACGCUGGCCGAGCACAACCUGAGCAGCGUGCUGGACAAGGCCGCGGACGUCGACCUGGGCUCCAGCAGCUCAGAGUCGGACAUGGAGGAGGAGGACGAGCAGGAGGAAGAGGAGCAGCCUCCGGACCCGUCGGAUCUCGGCGGCGUUCCCUGGAAGGAGGCCGUGGAGCUGUACGCCAAACUGAGGGGAGAGGAGGAGGAGGGCGGGGCUCCGGCCGACGCCGCCAGCAGGGAUGGAGACGUAGAUGAAGAGGAGGAGGAGGAGGAAGAAGAGGAUGAGGAAGAGGAAGAAGAUGAAGAAACUAGCGAUGAGGGGGAUUACUGCCCCUGGAAUCAGGAGCUGCAGUCCGGCCUCUGGCUGGAGAAGUUCCUCUCAGAGGAGGAGGAUGUUGCUACUUUCAAAGCCAGGAAUCUGCACAUCCAACAAAUCCUGCAUCCCGUGGAUCCCAGCGGCGUUCCGGGCUCGCUGCCGUCCCACCCGGAUGAGGGCGAGGGUGAGGAGCUCAUGCACCCCUCCCCUACAGCCCGCGCCCACACAUCCGCCCGCCACCAGGCCGUGAGAGUCUGGCUGGAGUCCGUGUCCGGAGAACCCUGUGAGGAUGAGGAGCUGGAGGCCGAAGCCGAGAGUCCAGACAUGGAGCCGUGCACGGAGCUGGAUCAGGAAGAAAUCCCGUCAGACGCUGAAGCCGAGGCGCGUUUGCACCAGUCUGAGCCCCGCCCCCUUCCUCCUGACGUCUGCAAUGAAGAAGGAGGAUCUGGGAGGGCCUCCAGCAUCGAUCUGUCGAGUAUUGGUCCCACGCUGGAGGAGGACGAGGCUCCACCUCCUUUCAAAGCAUCUCCAAUCCCUGAAGCGCAGGUGACUCCAGUUAAGCGCUUCUUCUCGGAGCCCUUCUUACCGGAGGACUCCCCGGCGGAGAGGACGGCCGUGUCUCCGGCUGUCAGGAGCCCGCCUCCUCCCCUGGAUGCUCCUCCUCCUCCUGCCACCUCCUCCCCACCUCCUACCUCAGCCGCCAUGUCACCUGUUGCCUCUGCCGACGUCAGACCGGCAGCCAAACCGCCGGCGAUCUGCUCGCAGCCCACCUCCCUACCCGAGUCCAGGGCGUCCAUUUCCCCGGUCUACCCCCACCGCUCCAUCUGCCCGCUGACGGGAAACCCCCUCUCCCCCAUCUGCGCCCAGCCGCUGUCCUGCCACGAGCCGUCGUCCCCGCUCGGCGCCGGCUCCCCCGUCAGAACCCAGCCCGCCCCCGCGGCCGCCUCCACGCCGGCGACCGUCGCCGACAAGUCCGACUCGUCGUCGGAGGAGACGCCGUCCAAGAGGGCCGACAUCAUCGAGGAGUUCUGGAUGAAGAGCGCCGAGAUCCGGAAGAGCCUGGGCCUGACGCCGCUGGACCGCAGCAGCAAACUGCUGGAGAGCAGCGAUGAGCAGGCUCCGCCUCCGGGCCCCGCCCCCUCCAAGCCGCCAGACGUUCAGAAGCCGGCGUUCGGCGGCCGCACCGUCAUCCGCCGGCUGAACAUCACCCUGGAGGGUCAGGUCAUCACCCCCAUCGCACCCGCCGAGCCCAGAAAGGAGGCCCGCUCCGGCCUGAACGGAAGCUCCGCCCAGAACACGUCAGACUCCAUUAUGCUAACCCCGCCCUCCAGUCCGCCGCCCCCGGUGCCCGCCAACCAGUCGCCCGCCGUGCUCAGGCAGCAGCGGAGCCAGGUGUCCUGGAGCAACGGGACAAAGAAGCGUCCUCCUGAAAGCGCUCCUGGGAAUGCUGGGAAAGCCCCCUCGCCGCAGGCGGAGCCCCCCCCGGUGGUGGUGAUGAGGGAGAAGAAGAAGCCUCGCCAGGAGGAAGCUCGGAAGUCGUUCGUGGAGACCGUUGAGGAAAUCCCGUUCGCCGACGACGUGGAAGAAGCCUUCGACGAGCGGACGCCGGAAACCAGCCUGAGCAGGUACCAGACCCCGCCCUCCAGCCGGCCCAGCAAGCCGCCUCUGCAUUUGGCGCUCGCCAUGGAGAACGGGAAACCCAACGUCCCCGCCAACCCCGUGUCCCGCCCCCAGAGGGCCACGCAGUUCUCCGCUGAGGCCAAGGAGAUUGCCGAGGAGAGAAUCAAAGCCAGGGAGAAGUCCGUCAAGAGCCAGGCGCUGAAGGACGCCAUGGCCAAGCAGCUCCACAAGAUGAAGGAGGGCGAGGCGGAGAAGGGGGCGUCGCCCAAAGUCGCCUGGAACACGACUCCAGAUCCAGCCGGGAAGUCGAAAAAGUCUCCAAAGAACCCGGAGCGUUUCUUCAGCAGCAACAAGAGUCUGGACAGCUCCGUCACGUCGUCGGAGAGCUCCUCGGCGAGCAAGAGCAAGAAGCGGAGCUCGCUCUUCUCGCCGCGCAAGAACAAGAAGGAGAAGAAGGCCAAGAACGACGGCAGCCGGCUCUCCGGGGCGGAGGAAACGCCGCCCAAACACAAGUCCCUCUGGAAGGCCGUCUUCUCCGGGUACAAGAAGGACAAGAAGAAGAAGGACAACAAGUCGUGUCCCAGCACGCCGUCCUCCAGCUCCACCACGCAGGACUCGGGGAGGAAGAGGACGCCGCCUCUCGGCAGAACUUCAGCAGACCUGAAGGCUCGCCGGAACCUGAGCGUGUCCGAGGACUCGGACCUGUCCUGUGACGACGUGCUGGAGAGGUCGUCGCAGAAGUCUAAAGCAGAUCUGCACACGGAUAUCUUUGACCUAGUGUCAGGCAUGCAGAAGGACGCGGUAAAGGAUGAAAAACUGGAAAAGGAGAGGCGAAAAGAGUUGAAGGAAAAGAGAAGGGCAAAAGAAGGGCAGAAGGAAAGGGAGCGGGAGAAGGAGGUGCUAGGAGAGAAAGAGAAAGACAAGGAGUCUGUUUAUGUCCCUCAUGCACUGGCGUUCAAGAGAUCAUAUGCCGCCAAGAAAACCUACACGGAGGAGGAGCUGAACGCCAAACUCACGCGCCGAGUCCAGAAAGCCGCACGCCGCCAGGCCAAACAGGAGGAGCUGAAGAGGCUGCACCGGGCGCAGAUCAUCCAGAGACAGUUGGAGCAGGUGGAGGAGAAGCAGCGGCAGCUGGAGGAGAGGGGCGUGGCCGUGGAGAAAGCCCUGAGAGGAGAAGCCGGAGUGUAUAAAGACUAUUGGGGAGAUUCUAAUUACAGUGAAAUCCUGGACUUGCAUCUGGGCGUCGAGGCCUUUGUGGAGAUGCCUCGCCGGCGCCCACUCUCCAUCUGCCCCUGCUGGUCCCCUGAAGGUAUGGGCAAGAAGGACGACCCCAAACUGAUGCAAGAGUGGUUCAAGCUGGUGCAGGAGAAGAACGCUCUGGUGCGCUACGAGUCGGAGCUCAUGAUUUUUGCCCGAGAGCUGGAGCUGGAGGACCGGCAGAGCCGCCUGCAGCAGGAGCUGAGGGAGCGCAUGGCCGUGGAAGACCACCUGAAAAGCGAGAAGGAGCUGGCAGAGGAGAAGCAGAUCCUGAACGAGAUGCUGGAGGUGGUGGAGCAGCGCGACGCCCUGGUGGCCCUCCUGGAGGAGCAGAGGCUGAGGGAGAAGGAGGAGGACAAGGACCUGGAGGCCGUCAUGCUCUCAAAGGGAUUCAACCUCAACUGGGCCUAAAACGAAACCGGUUUAGGGUUCGAUUUAGCCGGUGUGACACGGUCGCGCCUCCACACAAGCUGCCUCUGCCGCUGCGUUUACACACCUGGCAGCAGUGGAAGGUAACCUGAGUGGGCGGAGAACCCCCACCUCUCACCUGGGGGGAGCACAUGUAAAGGUUUGACUCUGGAAUAACGCAGUUCAGUCCUGCUGAUGUAAAGGAAAUGUAAGAAACUGUUGUGUAUUUUAGUCUUCAUAGUUGGGUUUUACGUCGGCCUGGAAGGACUGCUUCACCUGUAGGACCCUCACCUGCUGAAGCCGCCUUGCUCUCCAGGAAACUUUGACUUUUUACCGAACCGAUUUUUUUAUUUUUACCUUCAAAGCUUUAACAGUCCACUCUAGAACUUCAUUGAAAUUUGUGGUUUUUAUUUCGUCCUGCAGUCAGAGCGUCCAGAACCGUGCACGACAAGAGAACCGUGCACGACAACAGAACCGUGCACGACAAGAGCGCUUCGGUUCAUGGACAAAGAAGCCUUUUUGCUCCUUCACAAUAAUCGGUUUUCCUGGAACUUUUAUGGAGCAUGUGGGAAAAAAUGCAGAGCUUUAUUUGGCAUCAAACCCUUCCGGCGGCGUCCGCGUGGCCGCCGUUUCCCCGCCGUUUGGGACUCCAGAAUAGCUGUGGAUAAAAACGUUACACUAAUUUGAAAGGUUGUUGUUUUUAGUGUGAAAAGGUUGACAUGACUGUAUGAAUAUUUAUUAACAUGCGUGUGAAUUGUAUUAUAUGUAAAGAAAUCCUAAUUUUUAAAUGGUUUUGUUGACACACGAGCUGUAAUGUAAAAAAUGCUUGUAGCUAAAAUACAUAUAGGAGUGUUGGAUGUACGCUGAAAAAGGCAAUAAAACAAUGCAGCUGUUUUGGAA